AUAGGUCAAUUAACCUGACAACCACAUGGCACCAUGUGUACACAUCAAGACCAAGGCUGGAUAAGUUCUCAUCCUAAGGUGUGUGAGAUCAAGGCCCAAGGAAUUGACAACUCCACUCAAACACACUGUGCAAUCCUUACCUACUUUGACCUUACAGAGGGUACAUCCUUACCGUUUAUGAAUCCCUUGUACCGUAAUCGUCUGAAAAUUUCUACUAAGUGUCUAUGCGAUAUGCAUGUAUACGAGUUGUGGCAUGCAGUACAUAUCCAUGGAAAUAGAGACUUACAAAUGGUGACCUUUAGUGGACAAAAAGCGGAGAAUGACUCCCUCUCCGAUAUACUGCCCCUGCCAGCGAGCACAGAAUUGUCCAUGGAGAGGAUAAAGCACUACUUUGCUGCUCUUCAUCCUCGAGCCUCUCACAUGGAACUGGAACCAAGUAGAAUGGAAGAGGGACCAUUCUGUGAGCUCAUUCCCAAACUAACCCUAGCUUUAGUAGACUCUGACUCAACUGUAGUGUAUUACAAUGUGUUCGAUGGAAUGCAGCCACCAAAAGAUGCAUCUGAAUCAAAAACAUGAUCAUUCAUGAAAUCACAGGACGAGAAAGCCACUUAUAGAAGACUAGUAUAAUUAUAAUUUAUACUCUUGAUGUUAGUCUUCUGUUCCAAAUGUCAAUAAUGCUAGGUAGCGCUGUCAAGACUAUUAAUUAUCUGUGAGUAAUUAUUCAUUAAAUGUGAUACCUUAAGGUCACUAUUAUAAACGGGUAUUAAAUUUAGCGUUUUUAGCGAGAACGACCCAAACCGCUAAUAUAAGUACUCGCAUACUUUUAUUUAACCAAAGAAAUUUUUAAAAUUCGUUUAAAUGGAAGUAGUCUAUUAGCUAUCAUUAUAGGUCUAGUACAACAAAUAUAAUACAUGUAUAUGUACGUACAGUAUAGUACUAGUUUAGUAGUGUAUUCUUGAAGAUGUUGAAGUUGACUUUCGUCUUUCAGUGAUUAAACCACUCCAUGCCCAAUGGUUAGUUAACUUGUAUAACUUCUUUUCAACUGAGAAAGGAAGAAAAGUCAUAUAUAAUGGAUGGAUGAAGGCUGGCAUAGUCAUAUAUAAUGGAUGGAUGAAGGCUGGCAUAUCAUAUCAGGACUAUUGGAUGGAACAACUGUUUUACCACCAGAGGACCCUUUUGAAUGCAUUGUUUGUGACACUAGCUAAUUCAUUCAAUUCAAUUGUGUGUGAUAAUUAUUCCUAUCGCUAAUUAAAAAAUUUGGAAACUGAA